CCUCGGAGGAAACUUUCCGCCGGCUGGUCCAUCGGCCCUUGUCCGGCCCGCGCUGCCGCGGCCUGGGAUCCGAGCUGGGCGGGCAGGUGACCGGGACCGGACGGGGCGGGAGCGGCCGGGCCCCGGGUGUCUGCGGCCGCCGGACGCGCCGGGGCCGGGCAGCGGGGAAGCGGGGCGCUGACGGCUGACAGGGGAGCUGCGCCCCCAGAGAAGCAUGGAUGCCCCGCGAAGGGACAUGGAGUUGCUCAGCAACAGCCUGGCGGCCUACGCACACAUCCGCGCUAACCCCGAGAGCUUCGGCCUCUACUUCGUGCUGGGUGUCUGCUUUGGCCUGCUGCUCACCCUGUGCCUACUAGUCAUCAGCAUCUCCUGCGCACCCCGCCCGCGGCCCCGAGGCCCCACUCCGCGCCGGGACCCCCGCAGCAGCACCCUGGAGGCCGAGGACGACGACGACGACGACGACGACGAUGAGGACACGGUGACUCGGCCGGGCCCCGAAGUGUCCGCGGAGCCCGACGGGCCCCUGAGCGUCAACGUCUUCACUUCGGCGGAGGAGCUGGAGCGGGCACAGCGGCUAGAGGAGCGGGAACGGAUCCUGCGGGAGAUCUGGCGCACUGGACAGCCAGACCUGCUGGGCACCGGCACGCUGGGGCCCAGCCCCACAGGCACGGGCACCCUGGGCCGCAUGCACUAUUACUGACCGGCCCCCAGAGCCUACUGGAUAUGCACAGGGGCUUCAAGCUGCCCCAGGACCUUUGGACUGCCCCUGCCCAUGGUGCUAUGGAGGCCCGCCCCCACGGCUCCCCUGGUGCUAUUGGGCCUGGAUUCCCGUCCCCUGGGAGACACCCUUCCCCCGUCCAGCCAGAAGGCCCAGGGGGUAGGGCAGGACGCAGGGUCCCCAUCCCUUCUCUGGGGGACGGUUAAGAGGUGACGUGACCAAUGAAAGCUGCAUUCUCAGUGA